AUGAACACCUCCAAACGCCCGAAUUUUCUUCUCAUUGUCGCGGACGACCUUGGUUUCUCAGAUGUCGGUGCUUUUGGAGGCGAGAUUCAAACACCAAAUCUUGAUGGCUUGGCUUACUCACCUACUGGUGUUCGCAUGACGAAUUUCCAUACGGCAUCCAUGUGUUCUCCCACACGCUCUAUGUUACUAUCAGGCACUGACAACCACAUCGCCGGCCUUGGUCAGAUGGAAUACUGGGGGCGUGGAAGAGACCCGCCAGUGCCAUGGUCCGAAAGAGCAGGCUACGAAGGAUACUUGAACUUCCGAGUUGCGGCUCUGCCAGAGAUUCUCCAAGAUGGAGGAUAUUAUACUUGUAUGAGCGGGAAGUGGCAUUUGGGCCUGACCAAGGAGCGUACACCGCAUGCUCGGGGCUUUGAUCGCUCAUUUGCGCUUUUGCCUGGAGGGUCGAGUCACUACGCCUACGAACCAAAACAUCCCGAUGGUACACCUAUUUUUGCUCACUGGGCCAGUUUGUACUAUGAAGACGACCAAAGAGUAGAAACGAAGGAUUUUCCAGCCGAUUUUUACUCAUCAGAUCAAUUCACCAACAAGCUUAUUGGGUUUUUAGACGAAAGAGAGCGCAGUACUGCACUGAAAGAAAAACCCUUCUUCGCAUUUCUUCCCUUUACAGCACCGCAUUGGCCCUUGCAAGCGCCACAGUCAUCGAUUGCCAAAUAUAAGGGAAAGUACGAUGAUGGCCCAGAUGGCUUACGGGAGAAAAGGCUGAAACGGCAAAUUGAACUUGGGCUUUUACCUGAAGAUAUCGAAGCCCACCCGGUCAUUGCGUCAACCAAAGAGUGGGACGAAAUGUCAGCUGCGGAGAAGGCGUGGUCCGCCAAGACCAUGGAGGUGUUUGCAGGCAUGGUCGAUAGAAUGGACGAGAACAUUGGCAAGGUGAUUGACUACAUCAAGAAGAUUGAUGAAUGGGACAACACGUUUGUCAUUUUCAUGUCUGACAACGGCGCUGAGGGAGCUAUCGUGGAGGCAAUUCCCGUGACUGGAGAUGUUAUCAAAAAGUCUAUUGAUAAGCAUUAUAACAACGACUACGAGAAUUUAGGCAACCGAGAUUCGUUUAUUUGGUAUGGUCCUCGCUGGGCACAAGCUUCAACAGCACCCAGUAGAAUGCAUAAAGGUUAUGUCACAGAAGGAGGUAUUCGGUGCCCAGCUAUCAUUCACUACCCACGCUUUGCUCAGCUCUCCAACGGGCGCAUUACUGACUCAUUUACGACUGUUAUGGAUAUUCUUCCAACAUUUCUGGAUCUGGCAGGUAUUCCAUUGCCGGAGCAGGAAUUUCGAGGUCGACAAAUCGUUCCAGUAAAGGGUAAAUCGUGGAUAUCACAUUUACUGCAGAAGUCCCCUCGCGUUCAUGAUGAAGAUCAUGUAACCGGCUGGGAGCUAUUUUUCCAUCAGGCCAUCCGAAAGGGGAAGUGGAAAGCAAUAUUCAUUCCAAAGCCAAAGGGUCCUGAAAGAUGGCAGCUAUAUGAUAUGGAACGAGACAUGGGAGAGGUCCAUGACUUGGCUGAACAGGAGCCAAAAGUCUUGGAUGAGCUGGUGAAACAUUGGAGAGAGGAACUAGAAGAGGGCUAUGUCCUCCCCAAGACCUAA